UGGAACCUUCCAUAGUAAUGUUUAUAUGCAGUACGUGCUAUUAGUAAAAUACGCCAGAGUCAGUGCCGGUGUUUUGGGCGUCUUGGGUCAAUGGGGUCAAAGUUUUGAUAUCACUCCAGUUGCUAUAAUGCGGUCAUUCAAAAUGCUUCGUGAGCCGUCAAAGAUGGCCGCGUCAAGUGCUGUGAAAGAAUGGGAAGUUUUGCGUAAGAGAGCUCGACAAAUUGAAAAUGAUCUCGACAUGAAACUAGUGUCGUUUAGUAAACUUGGUACGAGCUACAUCCACCGAGACUCUAGUUCAGACAAAUCACCUCUUUUGAAUAAUUCGUCCAGUGAGCACAUGUUCCAAACAAUGUCUUUGGAAAUUGGAGAUUUGCUGUCCAAGUUAACUGAGGUGAAUGAUAAAAUGGCUGAAGUGACUUCUAAUUUAAGUUUUUCCCAACCCAGUGCCUCACAGGCACAUACUGUUCAAAGACAUAGAGACAUUCUAAAAGAUUAUUCACAAGAGUUUACAAAGACAAAGGCAAAUAUUGAGACAUUCAUUGAAAGAGAAGAACUGCUUGGAAGCACCUUCAAAUCAUCAGGUGGAAGUUAUCGCAAGACUGACUUAUAUCUUAAAGAAAAUGAACACAUCCACAACUCUGAUCGAUUGACUGACGAAGCUAUUGGAAUUGCUAUGGCAACAAAAGAAAACAUGUCUCGACAACGUGGUGCCUUAUAUCACAUAUCAACAAGAAUGGGCGGAAUUACAAGUCGCUUUCCUGCCUUGAACAAUCUGAUGCAAAAAAUAAACUUACGGAAACGUAGAGAUGCAAUCAUCAUAAGUAUUGUAAUUUCCAUAUGUCUUAUUUUGCUGAUUCUUUAUGCAACAAGGUAGUGUUAAGUGAUACGUGAUAACAUAAAGCAUGAUAUUGGUAAGGAGUUUUAGUAUUGUAUACAAUAUUGACCAUAGUUGCUAUAGUAACCCUUGCCAACACAUGUUUAACUUCUUAAAAAAUACUCGAGAUUUAGAUGUACGACAAAGUAUUGAAAGUUAGCAUUCAUUAUCUUUUUGUCUUCAUCUCUGAGCUCAUCUCUGUACUAAUAAUAUAAAUGAAAAUUUCUUUUAUCUUGUGAAA